AUUGGUAAAGGUACUGGGACCAAGGUAGAACGGAACUCCCUGUUCUCGCGGGAGCUAGAGGCGGGACUGCCACGUCCGAGCAAACCGGGAAAGGAGAGGAUCCCGGAGCCGCGUGAUGGCCAGAGGCCUGGGGGCCCCCCACUGGGUGGCCGUGGGACUGCUGACCUGGGCGGCCUUGGGGCUGCUAGUGGCCGGACACGGGGGUCAUGGCGACCUGUACGAAGACCUGCACGAGGACUUCCAGGGCCACAGCCACAGGCACUCACAUGAGGAUUUCCACCAUGGACACAGCCAUGCCCCUGGCCACACUCAUGAGAGCAUCUGGCAUGGGCAUACCCACGGUCACGACCAUGGACAUUCGCAUGAGGAUUUGCACCAUGGCCAUAGUCAUGGCCACUCUCAUGAGAGCGUCUACCACCGAGGACAUGGACAUGAUCAUGAGCACAGCCAUGCAAUCUAUGAGGAGUCUGGGGCUCCAGGCAUCAAACAGAACCUGGACACUGUCACUCUCUGGGCCUAUGCACUGGGGGCCACAGUGCUGAUCUCUGCAGCUCCAUUUUUCGUCCUCUUCCUUAUCCCCGUGGAGUCAAACUCCCCUCGGCACCGCUCUCUGCUCCAGAUCUUGCUGAGUUUUGCUUCGGGUGGGCUCUUGGGAGAUGCCUUCCUGCACCUCAUCCCUCAUGCUCUGGAACCUCAUUCUCACCACCCUCUGGAGCAGCCUGGACAUGGACAUUCCCACAGUGGACAGGGCCCCAUUCUGUCUGUGGGACUGUGGGUCCUCAGUGGAAUUGUCGCCUUUCUCGUGGUGGAGAAAUUUGUGAGACAUGUGAAAGGAGGACAUGGACACGGACAUGGACACGCUCACGGUCACACACAUGGAAGACAGGGGCGUCCUUCAAAGGAGAAACAGAGCUCAGAGGAAGAAGAAAAGGAAGCAGGGGGGUCGAGGAAAAGCAGAGGAGGGAGCACAAGGCCCAAAGACAGGCCAGUGAAACCUCAGAACUCUGAAGAGGAAAAAGCAGGUUCAGACCUACGUGUAUCGGGGUACCUGAAUCUGGCUGCUGACCUGGCACACAACUUCACGGAUGGUCUGGCCAUUGGUGCUUCGUUUCGAGGGGGUCGGGGACUGGGGAUCCUGACCACAAUGACUGUUCUGCUACAUGAAGUGCCCCAUGAAGUCGGGGACUUUGCCAUCUUGGUCCAGUCUGGCUGCAGCAAAAAGCAGGUUGGUGAAGGUGUGCACCAAACAUGGUUGCCUCAAGCCUUUUAUCCCCCGCUAACCCACCCCAAACCCAGACUGCCACCCGUUAGUUCCGAACAAGUUGUACUACAGGUAUACCUCGUUUUAUUGCACUCCUUUAUUACACUUAGCAGAUAUUGCGUUUUUUACAAAUUUAUAGCAACCCUGCUUCAGCAAGUCUAUGGAUACAAUUUUUCCAACAACACUAGUUUACUUCAUGUCUGUGUCACAGUUUGAGUAAUUCUUGAAACAUUUCAAACUUCGUUAUUAUCAUACUUGUUACGUUGAUCUGUGAUCAGUGAUCUCUGAUGUUACUAUAGCAAAAAGAUUGCAACUUGUUGAAGGCUUACGUGAUGGUUAGCAUUUUUUAUCAGUAGAGUAUUUUUUUUGUGUGUGGUACGCGGGCCUCUCACCGCCGCGGCCCCUCCCGUUGUGGAGCACAGGCUCCAGAC